AUGCUCGAGCAUGCUAACAUAUACUCCUUGCGAGCACUUCGAAGAAGCCAUUCCACUGAACCAGGCGUAAUCGCGGGUCGCUUGACAGCUCUUUUAGUUGCCCAACCUCCCAGUGACCAAACAAACGCAAAGGGUGACGGGCCGAUGGCCGAUGCCGUAUCACAUUCAGAGGAGACCGCAGUUGCUGAGGCUAUUGUGACGAGCCAGGAGCGUCGACCACGCAGUCUAUCAAACGAAGAUCUCUUGGUGACAAAACAGCGUGAUUCAGGCUAUCAUCACGAUCUCCAGCUGCCUCCGAUCAACUUGGACCAGCGACCUAAGACUGCACUCAACUACCUCGGAACUAGGUGGCACGACAAGUCGGUCCAUCAGGACCGACAUGGUACUGCCUCACAGACGCAUCGGAUAGUCCCGAUGACGAGAGAAGCUUGUCAGAAACUUGAGUCCUGCGAGUCGGGGAACCGAAUGCUAGUAUGA